AUGAGCAACAGACUGAGUAUCGUGGGAGAACCACAAGCUCACAUCCGAGCGCUAGUUAAGAAAGACAACAUGGUGGAUAUUAAAAGCAAGAACAUAUUUUGGAGCAAAAUCACACAUAUUAUGAGGUUCUACUCAACGCAACAACAGCUCAACGGUGGAGAUGAGGUAACUUGGAUCCUAAGCAACAACAACAGUGGUUGA